GCGCCCCGACCGCGCACCCGGAAGAGGAACCCGCAAUUGUCCGCCCGCCGCUGGCGCGCGCGCCCCGGCCCCCACAGUGCCGCGCGCGUUGGUCGGGCCCGCCGACAGCCGCCGCUGAUUGGCUGUUGCCGGGGUAGGGCGGGGCCCCCGGCGGACGCCCGACCGGCGCGGGGUUCUCAGUCUUUCCCGCCAUGUCCUUCGUAGAGAGUGCGAGGUCGCGACGGCGCCGCCAGGUCACCCCAGGCCCGGUGACUCGGCGUGUGUAUUCCGACUUCACCCACGGGGAUGGCUGGGGGGUGGGAGAAGUCGACGAAGACGAGGGAUGCGACCAAGUGGCCCGCGAUUUGCGAGCGGAGUUCUCAGCCGGGGCGGUGUGGGAGCCCAAGAGGGCCCCGCUACUCCCGCCGGUCGGGGACGGGUCACCCGUCCUGCCCGAGAAGCGCAACGGCAUCUUCCCGGCGACUGCGGCCACCAGAAGCCAGGCUCGGCGGUGGCCUGUCCAGGUCCUUUCCAUUCUCUGUUCGCUGCUCUUCGCCGGCCUCCUUGCUUUCCUCCUGGCCAUCGCCUACCUGAUCGUUAAAGAAUUGCAUGCAGAAAAUUUGAAAAAUGAAGAUGAUGCAGAUACUGGACUGUUAGGAUUCUGGUCUCUGCUGACACUAUCUCUAACCGCUGGAUUCUCCUGUUGCAGCUUCUCUUGGACAGUGACUUACUUUGAUUCUUUUGAACCAGGAAUGUUUCCGCCCACUCCUCUUUCACCUGCUAGGUUCAAGAAAUUGACUGGGCAUUCUUUCCACAUGGGCUAUAGCAUGGCAAUUUUGAAUGGCAUUGUAGCUGCUCUUACUGUGGCUUGGUGCCUCAUGUAAACCCACAAUAGAGAAAUACUGUUGGUGAAAGUCCUGAUUGUUUUAUUAACAACAGAAAUGAACGUUGCCUACUCAGAAGACUAUGAAAUAUGAUUUGGAUUCAUACCAUCGUCAUCAUAUGGAAGACCUUAUAGAGCAUCAUUUCAGAAGCUAGGCAAUGGAAAUAUUUGAGUACUUUCAAAUACUUUCUUAAAAGUGUAAGAUGUUUACCUCAUCUUUUUACUUUUGUUUAUGUAGUUCUUAUCAGUUACAGAAAAUAUUUUAAUGUAAAUCAAACUUGGAAACUAGAAUACAGGAUAAUGCCUACCUUUCUAUGUAUACUCCCAGUUUUUGGUAACAAAUGUUGAUAUUACUGCUUUGAGAUAAAAGUAUUUCUUCUUUCUAUAUUGCAUUAAGAAAACGAUGCUGGCCUGCUGAACCAGGUUUUGUGGGUUGGAAGCCAGCUUGUAGCUCUACAAGUGAGACCAGUUCAAGAAAAAGAAGAAAGAAAACAAAGCCUUUUACUUUUUAACAUUUUAUAGAAACUACAUCAGAAUUUUUGAUAAUAAAUAAAACGCAAAUGUGCACCUAUAUUUUUUAUGGAGUAUACUUAGGGGUUUUAUAUAUUCAUGAUACUAAAUUUGUGUUUUUAAAAUGAUUAUAUUUAUAUCUAUAUAGGGGCAAAUUUUAUUUCUUAGCUAGUAUAAACUUGUCCAUUAAAGCACAUUGAUUUGAGUUUAAGAUUAAUUAAAUUUAUUUUUUAACAAAAGGAUACUGAAAAUUCAGGGUAAGUUAUUUGUCAUAAUGUUAAGAAAUUUGAGACUGUUAGCCAUUUCUAUUUUCCACAAUUGAAAAUAUUUAUUUUGAUGUGUAUAUAUCAGGGCAGCAAAACUUGUACUAUUUUGUUUUUUAGUAAAUGAAAACCUGAAUGUUUUUUAUGUAGAAAUGUUUGAAUUUUGUAAUUUUUAAUCUCAAGAAUAUAGUUGCCAAAGUAGAAAAGGUAUUUUGAUAUUCUGAAUAUGUAUAUAUAAUUGAACUUUAAUAUGUAUGUUGUAAUAUAUGUAGCUUUAUAACUUCUGCUUAAAUAUUUUGUCAUGUCAAGAUUUUUUUAUUGUUUUCAUAGUAAUUAAACCUUAACUGUUUCUCUGUCUUGCUCAGCAUUCCAAGAGUUUAGAAAGUCACUUCAAUUUUAGAAAGUUGGAUGAUUUACACAGUUCGUUUUCCUGGCUGUAGACAAACUUAGUUUAGGAAACCAUUGUGUAUUCUAAGUGGGAAAUGAGUGUGUGUAGUGCAUUUGCAGUCCUCUGAUGAAUGUCGGGUUCUAAAAGUCUGACAUUUUCUCUAUAUUCAUAAAAUGAAAAGAAAAAAGUCAUUUCCAUUUAAUUGGAAAUGUCUCAUUCUAAUUUAAAAUGAGAGAUGAAGAGGGAUAUAUAUAUAUAUAGUCUUACUGAAUCCCAAUCCCAUGGCUUAAGUAUUCCAUCAGUUAUGGUUGGUUUUUUUAUUGGCUCUUUCUCAUAUAAUAUAUUUUGACCUUAUUCUUUUCACCCAACUCUUUCUAGAUCCUCACUACAUCCCUACCUAUCCACUGUCCAAUAGCAUGUUCCUUCCAUCUUGGGGGAAAAAGAAAUAUGUUUGAUUGUUUAUUCUCAGUCCUCUUAUCUCCUUUCUUCUACCUUUGCUUCAAAAGGAUUCUCUUAUUCUAAAGUUCCAUUCAAAUUGUGGUAUUACUUUAUCUCCUCUCUACCUGUGUAAAAUGCCAUCCCCAUCAUCACCCCAAUUUAAAUGGCUCCUUCCAAAGUCUUUGUGUGUAAUGACUAAGAUUAAAGUUAUUAUAGUCAAUUAUUCAUACACAAGGUAGCCUCAUUUAUAAUGUAGAUAAACAGGACAUAUAAUAUACUAUUUCUUUAGAACACUCUUUCUUAUAGACUAGUAGUCUUUGGAAAAUGCUCUUCCCAUUCUCUGUACCUAAGGUUGGAUUUCAGUGUAAACUUUGUAUGAUGAAAGUGACUGUCUAAACUUAGACCGUGUUCUCUUCUGACCACAAUGAUUACAAUUAGAGGGAACUGAUUCAAAUCAGCUAAUUUCUAGAUUCUUUCAGUUUGAGACAAAGAUAAACUAAGAGACCGGAUUGCUAGCAGUCAUGUGAACCAAGCUUAGUAGAAAAGGAUAAAGGUAAAAUGAAUACUUCUAUUGAUAUUCUCCUGGUUCCUGAAACCUGGUGACAACCUGCUAUUCUUGAAUGUUGGUUACAUUUUGGUAACACAACCAAAUGUGUUUUGAUACAUUUGUUUCUGCUGCUUA